UUUUUUGUCCUCAAAAAUAAGGAAUGAGAACCAUCACAACCAAUUCCAUAAGUUUAAGACCAGGAGACAGUCUCAUCAAAAUGAAGAAACUAUCAUAAACUCCAAUCUACCUACCUACCUACAUCUAAACAGAAAAGGCUUAAAUGAGAAGGAAGAAAGCUGACCAUGAAGGAAAGGGAAGAUCUAUAGAAACUUGUCUUGGAAUGCACAGUCUAGGACAUGAGUAAGGGUGGACCUUAAAAAGGAGCACAGACCCCGUGGGAGCAUGUACCGACUGACCCUACGGGAUGCCACUCAGUUAGGGCCUUGCAGUGAACCAACAGACAGAUCCUGGGAAAUGAGUCCUCGGAGAAGUUAUUCGGCUACAGUCACACAGGCAUUAAAUGGGGGAUUAGGAACCAAAUCCAAAUCUUUACACACAGAGCCAUGCUCUUAACCGCUUCACUAUUUUAACAUACCUACAGACUACACAGUUCUAGAAGGAUGGUUACUUAUAGGUAACAGGAGAGCAAGCCACCUCUGCUUCUUUGCGUAUAUUCUUUGCCAAGUCAAGCUUACUGGACUGGAAGGCACUAUUCUCUGUUCACUGAAUUUAUAGGCUCCAAACCAAACUUGUUCUUGCCCCUCCCCGCCUUUGACUGUCCAUCUCACAGCAAAGCUAAUUAACAGAGAAAAGAAGCAAGAUACAAAUGUUUUCAGCUUCCCAUCCCUUUCUUCUUCACUCUGCUCCCUGGAUUACAUAGAUAACACGCAGAGUUAGGACUGUCCUGAGCUCUAUUUUCAACUGUAAGGGUGUUUAAAAUAAGGAACUUGAGCCUUAUAAUAUCUGUACCCCUGGGGGGGGCAAGGACAGCACCCUCAAUAGGAGAGACCAAGGCCACUCCUGCCACAUCCUGUGGAGCUGCUCCUCAGGCUCUUGUCACUCCACACCACUGGUGAGUGAUUGGCCCGUUUACUCAUAACCUUUGAACUUGGCACACAUCUGCAGUGUUCUUGCAGGCCCUCCCUGGUUACACCUCUGCACUUGACUCAGGACUUGUCUCUCCUACUGGGCUGCCAAGGAAGAUGGUGUUGUCCUUGUCCUACCACGGGACACAGAUAUUAUAGCUCAAGUUCCUUAUUUUUUUUUUUUUUAUUUGUAGACACUGAUCUGUGUUCUGCCCACCACAAGGGCCCGAGGCUCUGAUUCUUUCCUCCCUGAACAGCAAAGUGUGUCUGUAGCACCAAGAAUUUCUUUCUAAUUUUGGUUUCUCCACUAAAAACAGCCAUGGCUCCUUGAAGAAAUGGUUGACACCAAUGACUAGAAUAAGUACUAAUAAACCUGGAACUCCUUAGGGACCAAAAGACGAUAAAGUGCUAACAGAAUGAUUAGACAUUCAAAGGACAGAAGCUAGCAUUCAGACUGCCAAUGCCCAUAUUUGGAACAAUUUGAGUGUUGGACUAAUAAGGUCAUUCAGUACACAGCCAGUCUGGCUCUAGCCAGGGCUACAUAAGCCCGUCUCAGAAAACAAAACUGCCCAGGCAGAAACCUCUAUGGGGAUCUGGAGACAUCUCAGUUGAUAAAAUGUUUGUCAUGCAAGCACGAGAGCCUAGGCUCAGAUCCCAAGCGUCCACCUGACAAAAACUGGACAUGGUAGUACCUACACUGGAGAGGCAGAGGAGAAUUCCUGGAGCUGCCCAGCUAAUCUUGGGGGUAGUGUGUGCUCUUCAAGUCAGUGAGAGACCCCAUUUCAAACAGUAAGAUAAAGAGCCAUAGAGGAAGACAUGUUGACCUCCAGCCUGCACACUAUAAACACACACACACAUGAACAUGUGCACACACACAUGAUCAUAAAUCAAGAGCAGGGGCUUGAUUCAUGAAGGUGUAGUAGAUAAAGUGCCUACUGUGUAAGCACAAGGGCAUGAGUCCAAACAGCACCCACAUCAAAGCCAGGGAUGGUAGUGCUCAUCUACUGCUGGGGUAUAGGGUAAGGGGUGAUUACAGGCGGAUCCCUGAAGCUCGCUGGCCAGCCAGCUCCACAUUAAAAGUAAGUUGGUGAGCAAUUAAACAACAUCACCUUUGGCAUCCACACAGGAGGUCAGGCAGGACACAUCACUCACACACACACACACACACACACACCCCUCACACAGGGCCAGUCCCAGCUACAUAUUGAGACUGUGUCUCAAAGAUAAAACAAUAAAUAAAACAAAUUAAUAGUUUAUUAAAAAAAACAAUGUAUUAAGUAGUUUUAAAGUAGUUUCCCAAAAGAUAACAAAAGGAAAAAAUAAUUAUAUAAGAAAGAAGGCAAGGAUGAACUGUGAAAUUGAUCAAAGUCAGUAAGGAGACCAGUAAACGCCAGAUACCUUUGCUAGCACACAGUGAGAACACUGGCAUCAGGCCUGGGGCAGACUCUCAGAAGCUGGAAAAACUACAUGAAAUCACCAGGAGAAAUAUGUAAACCCAAACUGGGAACAUUCUACGAGGUGUGUGAGCUCGAGUCAAGGUUUUAAAAGGUAAACUAAGACUGUGGGGACUUUAUUGUCUAAGACUAAAAGGAUCCAUAACAAAAGACAACACAAACUCUGAGCUGAACAUCUUCAUUUAAGGUUUCUAAGAAAAGAUCCAACGGUGGCAACUGGAAAAUCAGAGGAAGACCUGAGGUUUGAGUGGCAGCAGCACACCAGUGUUAACUUUCUUUUUCUUCCUUCCCUCUCUUUUGCUUUUUGAUAUAUAUAUAUCUCAAAUAUAUAUAGCUACAAUGUGAUAUUUUCACAUAUGCAUACACUAUGGAAUGAUUCAAUGAAUUAACAUAUCAUUACCUCAUAUUUUUAUCAUUUUGUGGCAAAAGCAUUUGAAUUUUACUUUCUUAGCAAUUUUGAAACAUAUGUCACCAUUGGGAAAACUUAUUUCUUGGCUGGGCCACAGCUCAGUGGCAUAGCACUUGACCCUGGGCUCACCCCUGCCACAGUGAAAACAGUAGUCCUUAAAAGCCUUGGUCUUUCUCACAGUCCAUCUCUGAUUCUUCCUUUCUUCUACUCAACAGCAUGAAUUUACAGGUCCAGCUUUCCCCCCAAAGCCUUGUGUGGCCCGGAGCAUCAUAUCCUAGAACCCGGCUGUUGACCAAGCCCAAAGUUUACAGUCCUAUACAAAUUACACAGCCUUGUAAAUGUCACCUGUUGCCUUUCAUCCUCCUUCCUCUGUGGAAUACACUUACUCAGAACACCAUGGGAGUCUUCCACUGAUCCCUAAGAAAAGCCACCUGCCUCUGCAUAGGAGAACUUGAAGAAGUCAAUGAUCAGAUCAAGAGCCAAGGUCAAAACCUCAAUCCCUCUGACCCAACUGUGUGCUCAGUUACUUCAGAGACAAAAAUAUCUUGGCAUCCCACUAAGCAACUUUCCAACAUCCUGAAGUUUUGCCACAAACAAGUCAGGCCGUGGUUCUGGAACCAGAUAAACCCUAGAGGUAGCAGAAAAGCAGCUGAUCGAUGAGACAACUAUGUGACUGAGGGGCCAGCACGAUAGCUCCGUCUCAACUCUUCCAAUGACCAAGAGCCUGGUGAGUGAGCACUCCUGGAAGGAUACAUCCCAGCAUUGGGGUGGCUGAGUCAGGAAGACUUCAGGCUUGAAAGUUGGCCGAGGCUACACAACCAUUUAAUUUGGCAGAGCGGAAAGCUAACGCCCACUCUGUAGUAGAAUGUGAUCACGCACGGAAGGAAGUCAGUGUACGAACUGCAGGGCUGACUGACAAGACCUCAAGGAAAACAUACACGUUUGACAUGGUGUUUGGAGCAUCUACAAAACAAAUUGAUGUUUACCGAAGUGUUGUUUGUCCAAUUCUAGAUGAAGUUAUUAUGGGCUAUAAUUGUACCAUCUUCGCAUAUGGCCAGACUGGCACUGGAAAAACUUUUACAAUGGAAGGUGAAAGGUCACCUAAUGAAGUAUAUACCUGGGAGGAGGAUCCUCUGGCUGGUAUAAUUCCACGUACUCUUCAUCAGAUUUUUGAGAAACUUACUGAUAAUGGCACUGAGUUUUCAGUGAAAGUAUCCCUAUUGGAAAUCUAUAAUGAGGAGCUUUUUGAUCUUCUGAGUCCGUCUUCUGAUGUUUCUGAAAGGCUGCAGAUGUUUGAUGAUCCCCGGAACAAGAGAGGAGUGAUAAUCAAAGGCUUAGAGGAAAUCACAGUACACAACAAAGAUGAAGUCUACCAAAUCUUAGAGAAGGGGGCAGCCAAAAGGACAACUGCAGCAACCUUGAUGAAUGCUUACUCCAGUCGUUCACACUCAGUUUUUUCUGUCACGAUACACAUGAAAGAAACGACAAUUGAUGGAGAAGAGCUUGUUAAAAUUGGCAAGUUGAAUUUGGUUGAUCUUGCAGGAAGUGAAAAUAUUGGGCGUUCUGGAGCUGUUGACAAGAGGGCCCGGGAAGCUGGAAAUAUCAACCAGUCCCUGCUGACUCUGGGGAGAGUUAUCACUGCUCUUGUGGAAAGAACACCUCAUAUUCCUUAUCGAGAAUCUAAACUAACAAGAAUCCUGCAAGAUUCUCUUGGGGGGCGUACAAGGACAUCUAUAAUUGCAACCAUUUCCCCUGCGUCUCUCAAUCUUGAGGAAACUCUGAGUACAUUGGAAUAUGCUCACAGAGCAAAGAACAUAAUGAAUAAGCCUGAAGUUAAUCAGAAACUCACCAAAAAGGCACUUAUUAAGGAGUAUACAGAAGAGAUAGAGCGUUUGAAGCGAGAUCUUGCAGCAGCUCGUGAGAAAAAUGGAGUGUACAUCUCUGAAGAAAGUUUCAGAGCCAUGAAUGGAAAAGUAACUGUUCAGGAGGAACAAAUUGCUGAGUUGGCUGAAAAAAUUGGUGUCCUUGAGGAGGAGCUCAGUAAGGCUGCAGAGUUAUUUACGGAUAGUGAAAAGGAACUUAAUCAGUGUAAAUCUGACCUGCAAACCAAGACACAGGAACUUGAAACCACUCAGAAACAUUUGCAAGAAACAAAAUUACAACUUGUUAAAGAGGAGUAUGUCUCUUCAGCUUUGGAAAGAACUGAGAAGAAGCUUCAUGAAACGGCCAGCAAGUUGCUUAACACAGUUAAAGAAACCACCAGGGACGUAUCUGGUCUGCAUUCUAAACUGGACCGGAAGAGAGCAAUCGAUGCGCACAACGCUGAGGCUCAGGAGAGCUUUGGCAGGAGCCUCAGCAGUCUGUUUAAUAAUAUGGAAGAGUUGAUCAGGGACGGCAGUGAGAAACAGAAGGCCAUGCUGGACGUUCACAAAGCACUGUUCGGUAACCUGAUGUCUUCUAGUGUCUCUGCAUUAGACACUAUUUCCACGACAGCACUUGAAUCUCUCAUGUCUAUUCCAGAAAACGUGUUAGCUCGUGUUUCUCAGAUUUCUGAUAUGAUAUUGGAAGAGCAGUCGUUAGCAGCCCAGAGUAAAACUGUGCUGCAAGGAUCGAUUGAUGAACUUGUGACCAACCUUUUCACGUCCCUGAAGACCAUCAUAGCUCCUGGUGUGGUGUCCAUCUUAAACAUAAAUAGGCAACUACAGCAUAUUUUCAGGGCUUCGGUGACAAUGGCUGAAAAGGUAGAAGAUCAAAAAAGAGAAAUAGACAGUUUUCUCAGCAUAUUGUGUAACAAUUUACAUGAACUCCGAGAAAACACUGUUUCUUCCUUGGUUGAAUCACAAAAGCUUUGUGGAAACCUAACUGAAGACCUGAAGACAAUAAAGGAAACCCAUUCACAGGAACUUUGCCAGUUAAGCAGUAGUUGGGCAGAGAGAUUCUGUGCUUUGGAGAAGAAGUAUGCAAACAUCCAGAAACCACUGAACAGUAUUCAAGAAAACACAGAGCGGAAGUCUACUGAUAUAAUCAAUAAAACAACAGUUCACAGUAAGAAAAUUCUUGCAGACUCUGAUGGAUUAUUACAAGAACUCAGACACUUUAACGAAGAAGGUACACAGUUGGUUGAAGACUCUGUAGGACACUGUGGUUCACUCAGCAGCAACCUGGAGACUGUAUCCCAAGAGAUCACACAGAGGUGUGGGACCCUGAACACAAGCACAGUUCAUUUUUCUGAUCAGUGGGCAUCCUGCUUAAGCAAGAGGAAGGAAGAGCUUCAGAACUUAAUGGAGUUUGUAAAUGGAUGUUGUGAAGCUUCAAGUUCAGAGAUCACUGAAAAAAUAAGAGGACACAGAGCAGCUAUUGAGAGCCAGCACAGCUCCUUUGUUGUUCAGAUAACUUCUGAUGAAGAAAAAUUUAAAGCUGGAAGCCUAGAGCUUGAUAAAACUAUAAAAACUGGUUUAACAAAGCUUAAUUGCUUUCUGCAACAGGAUCUGAAACUAGAUAUCCCAACAGGUAUGACACCAGAGAGGAAAAAUUAUUUAUAUCCAUCAACACUUGUGAGAACUGAACCACGGGAGCAACUCCUUGAUCAGCUGCAAAAGAAACAGCCCAAGCCACUGAUGAUGCUAAAUUGCUCAGAAAGCAGCAAAGAGACCAGUCAGGACAUGGAGGAGGACAGGGAGGUUCUGGAGCAGAGUACUGAAGAACUCGUAAGUCAAGAGCCGUGUGUACAUACCAGUGCGGAUUGCUCUUCCAGUGGAGGUGUUCCAUUUUUUCAGCAUAAAAAGCCACAUGGAAAAGACAAAGAAAACAGAGGCCUUAACCCCGUGGAGAAGGGUAAAGUGGAGGAGGCCUCGGAGCACUCCAUCUCCAAGAGCAGACUGCCGCUGCGCGCCUCCAUCAACCUCUGCUGAUCUGAGGGUUAGGGGUUGCCUUCAGAAUACAGCCUGAAACUCCAGUCUGAAGCUAUGUACAGAUGACAGUGGGACAGACUAUAUGAGGGCCCCACAGUAAAUGUAGUUGAAUUGAACGUCCUUCUUUAUAAUCCCUGUAGUUCAAGUAUGUAGUAAGUUGGGUUCCAUUUGGGAUUUACACUGAAUAUGUAUGUGUGUUUCUAGCUUUUUAUAUGAAGAAGCUCUUCUGUAACAAGUAAGUAUUUUUCUUGUAUAUAAUUAAAUACCAAAUAUAUGGAAAUGGUUAUUCCAGGCUUAGACUUGUAUUGGCGAAUACUAUCUCCUUUGCAGUCCGGCUAAGGCUGAGUUCAGUGUGUGUUUCCCUACCUCUGACCAGCCUUUUCUAUUUGUCUUCAGCUCACUUCUCCCUUUUCCUGUCACUUAACCCUUUGUAGGCCCACAGAAAGGUUUCCUUAUUAUGAGAAGUCCAGGGUUUUACCUAGAAAUCUUAUGUUUCACUGAUUACCUCUACAAUCAUUGUCAAAAAUAAACUGACCCUGGAAGUCCCUUCCUUCUGUGCUCUUCGUUUGUUCUCCCCUCAUAUGCAUGCAUCUCAUGCCUUCCUGAGGUCUGACACCUGGCACCAGCCUCCCUGCACUGUCAGCUGCUGCUGCAGGAGACCUGUCUAGAGCUCUAACUCAUUCUUUGAGGCCACAAGCUAAGGCCUGUAUCUCUUAGAAAUAACAAGACUUUUUUCAGACUACCAAUUAUGACUAUAACUUCUGUUUUGUUUAUCUUUUAAAACUUUAUUCUUUGUAUAUAAUAAAAAUGUAUAUAUACAUUCUUUCUGUUGAAAUAUUAACCCUUACUCUUUCUAUCUGACAACUCUAUUUCUGGAAGUUGGUCCAUCUCAAGAUGAACCAGAGCACCUACCUAAAAGACAUGUAAGCAGAGAGUAAAUGGGUCACAUCAGGUUCAGUGUAUAUGGUUCAGAGUGAUGUGGCUAUAUUUUUGUCACUGUCUCACUAUGUAGCUCAGGCUUACUGUGCAGACUUACUGUGCAGUAGGACAGUCCUUUGUCAUCCUUCCAAGGCCUGGGUUCCAGGCAUCAUCACUAUGCCUGGCUCUAGAGAGAUGACUUUGUAACCACGAACGAACCGUUAAUAGAAAAUUAGAAAAGAUGCUACUUUAAGAAAUUGAUUUUCUUGUGCCAUUUCUCCAGCUCACUGUAGAAAUAGAAAUGUUAUUUUAAUAAAAAUAAUGGAUAAAUUUCCCUGCAAACAGAUGUCAACCUAAUCUGUGGGUAUUCUCUAAUAUGCUUUUGGUAAAUCUCUAAUCAGUAAUUGGUAAUUGUUUUUAAAUUUUUUUAAUUAAAUUAUUUUAAUUUUU